AUGCAUUACAGAGUACUUUCUCUCUUCAUAUCCAUCCUACCGAUACUAGCCGGACCAUGCCAGUCCCUGGAUAAUGGUUUGGCGAGAACUCCCCCAAUGGGCUGGAUAUCCUGGGAGCGCUACAGAUGUACCAUAGAUUGCAAGGAGCACCCUAACAGCUGCAUUAGUGAAGGCUUGUUUAGGUCGAUGGCAGACAAGCUGGUAGAAGAUGGUUGGAAAGAUCUGGGCUAUCAAUAUGUAAACAUUGAUGACUGCUGGUCAGCAAUGAUGAGAGAUGCUAAUGGGAAGAUUCAGCCAGAUCCUGAACGAUUCCCAAAUGGCAUUAAAGCACUGGCUGAUUACGUUCAUUCUAAAGGGUUGAAGCUAGGGAUUUAUGGGGACCUGGGCAUUGCAACGUGUGGUGGGUUUCCUGGCACCACACUGGAGAAUGUUGACACUGAUGCCAAGACAUUUGCAGAGUGGGAAGUAGACAUGCUGAAGUUUGAUGGCUGCAACUCCAACUCCACUGAGAAAGCAAUAGGCUAUCCAAAGAUGAGCCAUGCUCUCAAUGCUACAGGAAGGCCAAUCAUGUAUUCUUGUAGUUGGCCAGCUUAUGAAGAAGGUCUACCACCCAAGGUGAAUUACACCCUAAUUGGGGAACUCUGUAAUCUUUGGAGAAAUUAUGAAGAUAUUGAUGACUCAUGGAGUACUGUGCUAACAAUUAUAAAUUGGUUUGGAGAUAACCAGAAAAUGUUACAGCCGGCCGCAGGUCCAGGAAGAUGGAACGAUCCAGAUAUGCUAAUCGUCGGUGACUUUGGCCUGAAUCUUGACCAGUCCAAAUCACAGUUAGCUCUCUGGGCAAUGCUGGCAGCUCCUUUCUUUAUGUCCAAUGAUCUUCGUACAAUCUCUGAUGAUGCCAAGAAUCUUCUGCAGAACAGGUUGCUUAUUCAUAUAGACCAGGACCAUCUAGGACUGCAAGGCGAAAGGAUUGAGAAGGACCGCGAUUUCCAAGUCUGGAAGCGGAACCUGACUGAUGGACAAUUUGCUGUAGCCUAUCUCUGCACAGCCACUGAAGGGGAUGUUAGGUCUUUCAAACUGAGUCUGCCUGCUCUUUUUAUUGUGGAUUGUAUGCUUGGUUACAAUGUUUAUGAUGUCUUUGGCAAGAAGCUUGUUGGGUCCCUUACUUCAAAUCAGACACACAGUUUUCAAGUCAAUCCAACAGGCGUUGCCCUUUUCUUUAUCCGACCCAAGUGCAAAUUGUUUUGA